AUGGACAUGAGCCUUGAGCACUCGAGCUCUCCCUCCUCCUCCUCCACGUCCGAGCACGUUGGCGCGGCGCAGUGGCCUUGGCCACCGAAGCGCCCCGCGGGGCGCACCAAGUUUCGGGAGACGCGUCACCCGGUGUUCCGCGGAGUGCGCCGCCGCGGCAGCGCCGGGCGGUGGGUCUGCGAGGUGCGCGUCCCUGGGCUGCGCGGCACACGCCUCUGGCUUGGCACCUACGUCGCCGCCGACGCGGCCGCGCGCGCGCACGACGCUGCCAUGCUCAUGCUCCGCGGCCGCUCCGCCGCGUGUCUCAACUUCCCGGACUCCGCGUGGCUGCUCGAUGUGCCGCCCUCGUUCGCCGACCUCGCCGACAUCAGGCGAGCGGCCGUCAAGGCCGUUGCGGACUUCCUGCGCUGCCGGGACGCCGCUAGCGCUUCUGCCGCCGCUGCGGUCCAGGAAGUCACCUCAAGCGUGUCCGCGCCGUCGUCAGUGGCAUGCAGUGCCCGUUCCCGCUCGUCGGAGAUGGCGCAGACUUUGGCAGAUGCUGCUUUUGAGGCGCCAAGUGCGGCACUGGACUGCGACGUGUUCGAUCUCGACUGCCUGUUUGGGGAAACGGACUUGGACGCGUAUUACUACGCGAGCCUUGCGCAGGGGCUUCUCAUGGAUCCCCCGCCGCCGCCGGCCACCGGGGCAUACAGCUGGGGCCAGGACAACGGAGACUUCGGCGACGGCGGGGCCGGAGCCGGAGCUGAUGUCGCGCUCUGGAGCUACUAG